UGUCUUCUACAAGUAGUUCCAGGCUGACCUUACCAAAUUUGCUCAACAAUCAGCUAGCAAUUCUUUUACCUAAAGAGCCAUGCUUUCCUGUUUUCUUCUUCUGUUUUUCUUCUGCUUCCCUUGCUCUCUUCAAGCUCAUGCAUCCCAUUCCUUUAAGAAGCUCAUCCUUCCUUCAAUUGGUUCUGAAGCUUGUGCUUUCGACCCACAUGGUGGAGGCCCCUAUACCAGUCUAAGUGAUGGUAGAAUCGUAAAAUACCAAGGUUCAAGAAUUGGAUUUACAGAUUUUGCCACCACAGUUGCAAAUAGGUCCAAGAAAUUGUGCGAUGGCAUAGUUCCAGGUGACAAUGUUGAAUUGGCAGCUAAAUGUGGUAGGCCUAUAGGUCUGGAAUUCGACCAGAAGACAGGGGACUUGUACGUUAUUGAUGCAUUUCAUGGUCCCAUGGUUGUUGGACCAAAGGGUGGGAUUGCAACUCCACUUACAAGCAUGGAUGGAGUCCCUGUUGAUGUUCCUGAUGCAAUUGAUGUUGAUCCAGUCACCGGAACAGUUUUUUACACAGAUAUUGGCCCCGGAAUCCUUAAAAUCAAGAAUAUGACAGCAUUCCUUCUCAGUGGAGACACAAAUGGAAGACUACUAAAAUAUGAUCCAAAAACGAGGCAAAGAACAGUUCUGCUAACAGGGCUUUCAGGGCCAAAUGGGGUGGCAGUUAGUAAAGAUGGCUCAUUCGUACUUAUCUCAGAGUAUGUUGCUGGAAGAAUUCGAAAAUUUUGGGUUAAGGGUCCCAAGGCUAAUACCUCAGAAGUAUUGGUGAAUCUACCAGGAAGUCCAGAUAAUAUUAAGAGGACUAGUUCUGGUGAUUUUUGGGUACCAGUAAACAUAGAAAACUUGUUGCCUAGGAAGACCACUUUUCCUCUGGCACAGAAGUUUAAUUCUUAUGGUCAAAUUUUGGAGACAGUAAACUUUUACGCAGAGUACAACAAUAUAUACAUUACUGAAGUCCAUCAACAUCUCGGUUCUUUAUAUGUAGCAUCUGUAUAUGCAAAUUUUGUAGGUGUUUUCAGGGGAGUGAGGUGUUGACUGUUGAAGAUUGAAGUAGCAUGUAUCUGUGAUAUGUUAGCACUGCUUGCACUUUUGAAGAGUCUGAUGGUUACCUAUUCAAGGAACUAUUGGCUAUAUGGCAUUUUGCGGUAUGAAUCUCAUACUACACCAUAUUUGCUUA